AUGUUAAAGAUGGAAAUUUGGCUAUGUUUUUCAAUUGUUACUUGUCUGGUUGCACAACUGAACGCUGCCAAGGAUUUCAAGUCUCCCUCAAAUACUUACAGCAGUAACAAUUUCAACAACAAAGAAAUUCUAAAACCUCCAAUGGAGUUAAACAUCAACUUCACGUUCCCCGCAAACGGAUUGCCACCACUGAAAUUGAAUCUCGGCAACGUGGCUGCAUUCCUAAAAGAAAACGGCAAUCUGGGAUUGCCAUCCUCUGGCAAACCAAUCAAGAAAACUAUCAUGGUAAACAUCACGAACCCCAACAAACCUAAAAAUCCCAUUCCGGCGGAAGUCUUUCAUGCCGGUUUGCCCCAAGGAUUCCAAAUCCCUGUUAAACCUGUUGAGCUUUGCCGUGAUUUCAUCGUGUCCAAAUGCAAAGAUCUUUGCAAAGUUUCCCAACGUAUUUGCCAUUCAACGUGCGACGGCCGGGAGGAUUGCGUUAAGAUCUGCAAAGCGACUCAGAGCAGUUGCGCAAAGUUCUGCGAUUCGACGUUCGUUGCCGAUGAAGAGGAUAAGGGCGAUGGACAGCAAAUGGUGGGCAUUUUAUUGCCAAAAUGCCUUCGAAACUGUCGGAACGACAAGUAUUGCACGUAUCAAUGCCACGAUACCUGCCAUGCCAAAUUAAAGGAACCAGCUCCUUUAACUAAUGUUUUAUCGACCGUUCCUGUUAGUUUGCCGGUAAUAUCAAGUCCCUCCAUGAUGGCUGGUCUGUCUAUUGCAUCAAAGCCAUCCAAGGGUGAUUCAAUUGAUUUUGGGAAAGAAGACGAUUCCGAGACCAGUAAAGAGAAAUAUUAA